GUGGAGAUGAGAUGAGAGAGACAGAGAGAGAGUUUGCACCACAAAGCAUAGGAAACGAUUGGUUUCGGCUUAGAGUGAAGCAAAGAAGAAGAUGCUGGCCAUGGAGGCAUUGGCUUUCUCGCCUCGCUCUCUCUUGUUCACAAGGCCUCCUUUCUUCUCCCACUCUUCCGCAAAAGCCUUCUCAGUCUCCAGGCCGCUUUCAGAGCCAGAAACUAGGGUUUCAGCUCUCCGCAGGGGGAGAAAUGGACUCUCUACUCUGUCAGCUGUGGCCACCAACGCCGCUGCCUCCAGCGCUGAACAGAAGGCAGCGCCCGAGGAGGAGGAGAAACUCGUUCUCCCCACCAAUGAGUCGUCCCAGAGGCUGCUCAGGAUCCGCCACACCUGUGCUCAUGUGAUGGCCAUGGCUGUUCAAAAGCUCUUCCCUGAUGCGAAAGUGACCAUUGGUCCGUGGAUAGAAAAUGGGUUUUAUUACGAUUUUGAUAUGGAUCCUUUGGCUGAUAAAGACCUGAAAAGGAUUAAGAAGGAGAUGGAUCGCAUAAUUGGUCAAAAUUUACCAUUGAUCAGAGAAGAAGUUACCAGAGAUGAAGCUCAGAAACGAAUAAUGGCUGUCAAUGAACCCUACAAGAUAGAAAUAUUGGAGAGCAUCAAGGACGAUACCAUAACAAUCUAUCACAUUGGUAAUGAAUGGUGGGACCUUUGUGCUGGGCCCCAUGUUGAGUCUACAGGAAAAAUUAACAGGAAAGCUGUUGAUCUUGAAUCUGUUGCUGGUGCUUACUGGAGAGGAGAUGUAAAUAAGCCAAUGCUUCAAAGAAUUUAUGGCACGGCAUGGGAGAAUGAAGAACAAUUGAAAGCAUAUCUUCAUUUUAGAGAGGAGGCUAAACGCAGGGAUCAUAGGCGUCUUGGCCAAGAUCUUGAUCUAUUCUCUAUACAGGAUGAAGCUGGCGGAGGUUUGGUGUUCUGGCAUCCAAAAGGGGCUGUUAUUAGGAAUAUAAUAGAAGAUGCCUGGAAAAGGACUCACAUGGAACAUGGUUAUGAUCUGUUAUAUACUCCACAUGUGGCAAAAGCAGAUCUUUGGAAGAUUAGUGGUCAUCUGGACUUCUACAGAGAGAAUAUGUAUGACCAGAUGAAGAUUGAGGAAGAACUUUACCAGCUUCGACCAAUGAACUGCCCUUACCAUAUUUUGGUCUAUAAAAGGAAGCCACACUCUUAUAGGGAUUUUCCAAUCAGAGUUGCAGAGCUGGGAACUGUAUAUAGAUAUGAAUUGUCUGGAAGCUUACAUGGCCUUUUCCGAGUAAGGGGUUUCACGCAGGAUGAUGCACACAUAUUUUGUUUAGAUGAUCAGAUUAAAGAUGAGAUCAGGGGUGUUCUAGAUCUCACAGAAGAAAUAUUGCUGCAAUUUGGCUUUAGUAAGUAUGAAGUGAACCUUUCUACCAGGCCAGAGAAAGCUGUGGGAGGUGAUGAUAUAUGGGAAAAAGCAACAUCUGCCCUUAAAGAUGCAUUGGAUGAUAAAGGUUGGAGCUAUCAGGUUGAUGAAGGGGGUGGUGCCUUCUAUGGUCCAAAGAUUGAUCUCAAAAUAGAAGAUGCUCUUGGAAGGAAAUGGCAGUGCUCAACCAUACAGGUUGAUUUUAAUUUACCACAGCGUUUUGAAAUCACAUAUGUUGACUCAAACUCAGUGAAGAAGCGGCCUAUCAUGAUUCAUAGAGCAGUUCUUGGAUCCUUGGAACGAUUUUUUGGAGUCCUCAUAGAGCAUUAUGCUGGAGAUUUUCCAUUAUGGCUUUCUCCAGUCCAAGCUCGAGUUUUACCAGUGACAGAUACACAACUUGAGUACUGUAAUGAAGUGACCAGGAAACUGAAAGCAAAUGGUAUUCGAGCAGAAGUUUGCAGUGGCGAGCGACUCCCUAAACUCAUCCGAACUGCAGAGAAGCAGAAAAUACCGUUGAUGGCUGUUGUUGGGCCCAAGGAGGUGGAGACACAAACAGUUACUGUUAGAUCUAGGUUUGGUGGGGAACUGGGUACAAUGGCAAUUGAUGAUUUUAUUAGCAGAACCAAAUAUGCCUCAGCAAACAGAUCAUCAUUUUGAAACUCUGGCUGUCUGCAAUUCUUGGCAGUCUAUGAUGGAAAGGUACUCUCUCUUACCACAAUUACUUGGUGUACACAGAUAAAAGAUAAAAAGGGAUAUAGCAUGAAGAAGAGAAUUUUAGUCCCAAAAUCUUCUUUCUUUCUUUCUUUCUUUUUUAUUCCUUUACCUGGCCUAUCUCCAUGUGGAAAUGUGAUGGAAAAUAAAUGAGUAAGUUGAUUACAUAAAGAGGAGUUCUGGAGCAUUUUAUAUUAUGCUGUGAUAAUAGAAAAGAUUUUGGGAAGUGAAAAAAUAACAUUUAGUGUCUCUGCACAGAGGCUGUUUACUUGCAUGAUAACAUAUCAAGUCUUAUGUGGGAUUAUAAUUCAUGUUUGAAUGAUGCUCGCUUAAUGCAAGUCUCUUUUUUUGGUCUGAGCUUGGGACCAACUGUAGACAGGAAUUCAUAUAUGGAGUAAUGCCGUUUACUUGGAUGUGCUUGAAAAUUUGUAUAAAAAUUGUGUUUCAACACAUUACCCUA